AUGGUUGAAAAUAUUAAAUUCCGUGCCGAUUUGCAGCGUAACAGUGGCCGAUGGAAGGGCAUUUCGGCUGGAAUGUGUUACUGGUGCGUAACAGUGGCCGAUGGAAGGGCAUUUCGACUGGAAUGUGUUACUGGUGGUUCGAUAUCAGAGCCAUUUGUUUGGUAUAAAAAUGAUGUGUUGUUUGCUGAGAAUACUACAAAUGAUAAUGUCCAUGUAUAUACCGUUGAACACCAUUCUUUACUUCAUUUCCUUGGAGCUAGUGUGAAUGAUAGUGGCCAUUACCGUUGUCAUAGUGGAACUCUUAUCAGCGAUGUUGCUGUGGUGGUUGUUGCGCCCACUCAAGAUGUAAAUACGACAAAAAAUGUGUUAAAGGAGUUUCCAUCCGAAAUGUCAGUGCCUGAGGGAGGAAGUUUAAUACUGGAAUGCCUUCCGGAUGACCCACAGUCGUCCGUGUCUUGGCAUAUUGUCAAUGAAUACGGCCAGCCCAUUCCGAGUAUGUUUACAUUCAAAACUAUUAAGCAUUACAGCUAA